AUGGCGAAGUCUAAGCCGAGCACUGGGAUCAAGGUCGUGAUAGUCGGGGCUGGAUUUGGUGGCCUGACAGCGGCCAUAGAAUGCCGCCGUCAAGGUCAUGAUGUUGCCAUCUACGAGUCUUUUCCCGAACUAAAGACCCUCGGCGACAUCAUCUCGUUCGGUGCCAAUGCCGGCCGAAUUCUCUAUCGCUGGGGCAACUCGCCAGGUGAGAUUACGGACCGAAUGCGAAAGCUGAGCAUCGACCUGAGGGAGUACGGAUUCCGCAUUCAUAAAUGGGACACUGGCGAGGUCAUGUUGCAUCAAAAGACGCCUGAGAUGAAUCCAGAGACGCCAGUUCUCAACGGGCACAGAGGCGAGCUGCAUAGAGUCGUUUUUGACUAUGCCAAGGACGAACUCGAUAUCCCGAUUCAUUUGGGACAGAAUGUCUCGGAAUACUUCGAGGACGAUAAUCAUGCUGGUAUCAUUCUCAACAGUGGAGAAAAGGUCAUCGCCGAUGUGGUUGUUGGUGCAGAUGGAGUUCGAUCCAAGGCUAGAGAGCUCGUUCUUGGGUAUGAGGAUAGGCCUCGACCGUCGGGCUACGCUAUCUGGAGGGCCUGGUUCCCAAAUACGGACAUGAUCAAAGACCCUCGGACCAAGGAAUUCUGUGAGAAUGGCGACACCUUCAAUGGAUGGAUAGGCCCGGAUGUUCACUUCCUCUUCUCAACCAUCAAAAACGGCUCAGACUGCUCCUGGGUGCUUACCCACAAGGAUGAGUACGACAUUGACGAAUCAUGGUCAUUUCCAGGCAAACUUGAGGAUGUCUUCAAGGUUCUGGAAGGGUGGGAUCCGACAUGCAAGGCCAUCGUAGAGAAAACCCCGUCCUUGGUCGACUGGAAACUUGUCUAUCGCGAGCCAUUGCCAACUUGGGUCAGCCAGAAACAGAGACUCCUGCUGCUGGGAGACUCUGCACAUCCUUUCUUGCCAACCUCGACCCAAGGAGCAACUCAAGCGAUGGAAGACGGAGUCACGCUUGGAGUGUGCUUACGUCGGGCUGGAAGAGACCACGUACAGGCCGCUCUAAAAACACACGAGGAAAUCAGGUAUGAGCGUGUAAAGGCCGUCCAAAAAACAGGUGAGACGACCAGAGACAUGUGGCAUAAGACGGAUUGGGAAAAGGUCAAACAGGAUCCAUCCAGCAUCGCCCUUCCUCGAGAGGACUGGAUUCAUUUCCACGAUGCCGAAGCUCAUGCGGAAGAUGUCUUUGACGAUAUAUUCCGAAAGCACUCGAGCUCUAAGGACACAUUCGAUAAGACAGCUUACUAA